CUCAAAACUGCAGGGUCUCUCCAAUGACAGGCCAAAAAUCUGACACAGCAUGUCUGUGCCGCUGGUUUCGUCUCUUCCAGAGCCUGCCGCUAGAAUGCACGACGAGUGUUGCGAAUGCCAUGUGAGGAAAGUCCACAUCUUGAACAAUGCUUGUGGUCGGAUCGUGCAGAUAUCCGAGAUUUAGUUGGAAGAUGUAUAAUCUCGAGUGAUGUACCGAAUCCAGGAUCGAUAUCCAUCUCCGUCCUCGUCAUCCCAUUGACCAUGAGCUCUUGUCUCUCUGCUCGAUACAGUAUUUACAGCUGAUGAUCAUCAUCCUUACACAAGGAUAGCUUGGUCCACUUCAUGACCGUGCUUCUGAUACAUCAUUAAUAUUCUGCGUGAUGAUACUGUACACAAUAUCGGAGUCGAGUUGAACGAGAAUCGCGCUCACUUUGAUAUUCAGCAGACGAUGUUCUCCAUUCUUUGAUAUAAUAUUCUCGACCUUAAAGUCAAAUUGCUGGAAGAGUCUUUGUAACUGAACGUCCACACGCAGUCCAACUGCAAAAGCAUGCGUGCUACGAAAUACCGCAUUUAUACACGUCACAGUUCUGAGCGUGCUGGCGCUUACCAUUGUGUUGAGAUCAGGGCCAGCACAAGCAUGUUAUCAGCGUCUUUCACAGAUAUACCUCAGCGAGUCAACCAUGACCUGAUACAUGGCUUACUAGAACUGAAAUGCUGGGAUGUGGAUGAUUCUUUCUGCAUGUUCAACAGGUUCAAGGAGGGCAGCAAUGCGGACUCCUCAAAUACCUUCUAGUAGAAAGAUAAAGAUGGGAAGCAUCGAGACAAGGUAAGAGACAUUCGGAACAAAAUAUUGGAUAACACAUCAACAGUUUUUCUAAUGGCCCUAUAUUUCUGGAUGCAAGCUUUAUUAUCAUCACGGCUCGAGUCAAUAGUAGAUGACCUGAAUCAAGAACUGCUGAUCCAGUCUCUGAGAUUCUGAAGUUUAUGUACACCAUUCUCUUCGUCCAGAUAGAAAGAAUUUCUCUAGUCUAAGCGAAACAGGAUAUGUUUCAGCACAAUACAGAAGAAUUUCUGUCUGUUUCGAGAGUCUUGAUUUCUUAAGUUUCCGCUUCGUCUCGCAUAUGAUGCAUGAAGCCUUCAUUGAUCCAUUCUUUACGCUCCACUUCGCCCCUAAAAUUCGGAGCGAGUAGGAAUUUCACUGGUAUGGAGCACGGGCGGGUCCCUUCAAACGAGCACUAUUCGGGCGGACGAACUGUUGAGUAAGUCGAUAGAGUUGAGCGAGAGGUGUUGGGUGUUGGGUAUGGAGACGGAGCAUCAGAGAGAUCUUGUCUUUCCCGCGUCCUCUCUCUAGUCUUCAAUUCGAACCCUCGCUCUUCUUGCUUUCGGCUUUCUUCGCUUAGUUUCAGGAGCCAAAUGCGCGGAGAAGUGAAGAUGUCAACGCUGCAGCAUGCUGAGCAACGAUGAGCGAUUUUGGAUCGCCGUCAAUAUUAUCUUUGCUGUGAAUUGUGGUGGCGAAUUGCUCCGGCCCAUCACUGUAAGUCAAUCCUAAAGUUUAGUAACGCGAUGUCAAGUAAUUUCUUACUGAGAAUGCUGUCAUACCAAUCUCCGAGCACUCAAUUGAAAAUUCUGGUAGACAUAGAAGUGACUGUUACUGUGAAAGUGUUCCUGCUUCAGGAUCCUUUAUUUACAUUUCGCGAUCGGAAGCUUUACAAUUGAGGUGAUGUUGAAACAAGGCUCUGAUUUGCGAAAUACAAAAUUACCUGUAUUUGAAAAACCCAAAAAUACUUCAGUUAGGCUUUGAUUCACCGAUCAUCACUAAGGAUAU